GAGCACCUCCCCACCUUCCUGUUUAACGGAUACGAGGACCUGGACACCUUCCAGCUGCUGGAGGAGGAGGACCUGGACGAGCUGAACAUCAGAGAUGCUCAGCAUCGAGCUGUCCUGCUGACCGCCGUGGAGCUGCUGCAGGAGGACGAGGGAAGCAGCGAUCCAGAGCGUCAGGUCGUUCAGGAGAAACUGAUUCAGCGUCGAGGAAUAACCGGAGAUUCUCCUCGAGACUCAGGGUGCUACGAGAGCAACGAGAACCUGGAGAACGUUAUCGAGAACCUGGAGAAUGUGAAGGAGAUUCUGGAGAACGGUAACGAGAUCUCGAGCCCCCCCCUGAUCUUCCUCUUCUUCCUCUUCAUCGAUGGUCUCCAGCUCUUCUUCUUCACGCUCCAAUAUUUCAGUUUCUGCUCCUCUGGAAACUCUGCUGUCGUCACAUUAUCUGCUUCUUCUUCAAGUUCCUCCAUCUUUGAAUCUGUUCUUGUCUCUAAAAGGGCUCUGAGAGAGGACUCUUUAAAGUAGAGACACUACAUACUGAUAUACACCUGAACAUCAGCAGGAGAGGACUCUUUAAAGUAGAGACACUACAUACUGAUAUACACCUGAACAUCAGCAGGAGAGGAC